CUUUAUAUUUAUGAUGUGGAGUUUUGUAUUGUGAUUAUUUUUAAAUAUUAGAGGGAAAAUCUUGAUUUUAAGGUGUGCAUCUCACGAGAUCUCGAUGCUUUAUAUUUAUGGCGUGGAGUUUUGCAAAAAUGCUACAUGUACCCUCAGGGUAUGAAAUAGUUUCAUACUCUUGGCUGUAAUUGGUCUAAAAUUUCAAAUUCAAAUACCAUUUGAAAUUUUAGAUUUAAAUUUCAAUCCCAUGCGGGGUUGCUUAUAUGACAACAACCAAUGUAGCCCAGGGUAUGUUACUAUUUGGUACUCUGGAUGUACAUGUAGCAACUUCCAGAGUUUUGUAUUGUGAUUAAAAAUGUUAGAGGGAAAAUCUUGAUUCCCCGGCCUCCCGGCCAACUCUAAUUUGUACGAUUUAUAAGGUAUGUUACUUUAAAUGAAAAUUUUAAUAUCAUACCUCAAUUAAAGUAUGGCUACAUUAGUAUAAAGAUUAUAAAUCUUUACCCUUACUCUAAUCACUAAAUGAGGCGUAAAUCAUUGAUGUUUUCGGGAUUACAAUUCUCGUAACUCUCUUGAUUCCUAUUCUGUACGAGCCUCUUGAAACCCUAGCUAGAUCUCCACAGGAAAAUUAACAGUCCUACUCAAUAAAAAUAAAUAAAUUAAGAGUCCUCCAGCUAGAUCUCCCUAUUCCAGCUAAGUCUCCUGAAACUCUAGGGUUAGAUCUCCAUAAAAAAAAUUAAUAGUCCUCCUAACUCUAAAUUCCCUAAAUCUUUGAAACAUUAUCACGUUUAUUUGUGGAUAUUAUUCCCUAAAACCCUAAACCUUCGUUAUACAUAUACAACUAUACAAGUAGAACAAAUCACACAGAAACGGCCAAACUCAUCAAAAUGUGGCGAACCAUAGCAUCAAGAUGUUCCCUGUUGAACAGAAGUUCAAAACCAAAACCAAGAUUUUUAUUUUGUUUGGAAAAACCUCCAAUUCAGACCCAUCUGAAGACCUUUCUUAUCUUGAUCAGUUUAAGUAUUUCAAUUGGGCUAUUUCUAGAGAUGAUUUCCAGAUCGAUGAUUCAUUGUUAGAUGGUAUUACCUAUAUUUUAACAAGACCUCUUUUAACAAGACCAGAACCGUGUAAGUUGUCGAAAUAUGAACCUGAUAAACGAUGGUUGCAUCUCUCAUGGAAUCUUCUCAAAAGCGGUGGUGGUGGUGGUGGUGGUGGUGGCGGCGGUGGUGGCAGUAACGGCGGUGUUGUUACUAAGUUGCGCAACAAAUUGAUUAAAACCGUGGGUGAGGAGGAAGGCAACAACGACGGUAAAAUUACUACUAGAAUCCUCAACAAAUUGAUAAACGCAUUUGGGUAUUAUGGAGAUCACGAAUCUGGAAUUGAGAUACUCAACAUGUUUCCAGAUUUUAGGUGCAACCCAGAUUUGAAUACCUAUUCAGGUGUUGUAUUUUGUGCAUGGGGAUGUAAAUCUGAAGCCUGGGAAUUCGAAUUUUGCCAGAAAAUGGUCUCGUAUUUACAUGACAGAAUUGAAAGUGUUGAUGAUGAGAGUGUUGGUUAUAUAAUAGACCUGUACUGUAAACUGGACAAGCCUGAACUGGGACAUGCAAUUUAUGAAGCUGCUAAACAGAAAACUCGUAUAAAGUCUGUACAUGAAUUGAUACAUUGUCUUUCAAAGCACGAUGAAACUUUAUGCUUAGCUGAGAAUAUGGCAUAUAAUGUAGGGUAUGAUGAAUUGAAACAUUGUCCAUAUAAUGAAGGGUAUGAUGAAUUGAUACUGUUGACCCUAAAGUUUUGAUGAUGACAAAGCAAACUCCUGACAAUUGGUUAAGUUAUGUUGCAUAAUAGGUUCCGAGAUCCUUAGAGGGAUAAUGCUAAGUUAAGGAGAUCCUGAGUUGGAUAAACUAAGCAACGUGGAAUAUAAGCAAGUAGUUGAUCCAUGUCAGACACUACAUUGAAGAUAUAAUCAUAAAGCAAGUUUACAAAGGCGAGAUCCUUAGGCGAGUUCCUAAGGCGAGAUCCUCAUAUAUUAUGUGGAUCCUCGAUGUUCCAGAGAAGGAACAAAUUGGGAAGACUUCGAGUGAAGCUUCUAAAGGUGCAACAUGAAGACUACAACAUAUGAGUUUAUGUUUAGGAUUUAUGUAAGUAUUUAAUAUUGUUUAUACGUAAUUUGGAACGAAAGGAACCCAAGUAUUUUGGUACGUUUUAAAUUGAAAUAUAUUAACUGUAAUUAUAAAAGAGUUUUAAGUUGGAAAAUCUAUGUAAAUAAAUAAAAUGAAUUUAAUUAAUAAAUCUAAACAUAGGAUUCUGUUUUCAUUCUCCUUGUUUCUCAAGCAAAAGAUUUUCCAUGAUCCUUAAAACUCUCCCAUGUAUUUCUGUUUAAACGUGCAUUUAGUGUUUUGUUUGGUCUCCCUGUUUCUCUCCAACUAUGCCCAUGUUACUGAGCAGUAACAGUUAGUGGGUAGUUGAGGAGAACAUGGGUACCUAACCUUAGGUAAAACUCUCCUAUAAAAGGAGAAGAGUUUUGACUUUUCAAAACACAACUGAUUUCUACAAAAUCUAUCUUAAAGAGCUUAAACGUUUUAAAAGAAUCAGUUGGCAAAAUAGAGUGUUCCUUGAGUUCCUUAUUACUAUAAGCUUUAUUACGUACUAGAAUCUAUCAAUCAUAUUGUAUUUUGGGUUUAAGGAUUGAGUGAUCCUUGAGUGACUUAGAGUUUAGUCAAAGAGAGAAAGAGCGGCUAAGAGUUUAGUCAAAGAGAGAAACAGUGACUUAGAGUUAAGUCAAAGAGAAAAGGAGCGACUUAGAGUUAAGUCAGAGAGAGAAAGAGUAGCACAGUAAUCGAAGGGGAUUGCUGUGGGGAACUCGUGUUCGAGAGGAACUCGAGUUAAAGAGUGUAUUUGUAAUAGAGUUAUUGCAUUAAUACAAAAGAGUAGUGAGGUUCUUCUUGAUUAGGGUCAAGAAGGUUCCUUCAUUUUAUAUCUUUCUUCGCUCAUUGUUCUCAGUCUCUUUAUUGUUUAAAUUCCGCAAGAAACUUACCCAAGUUCCCAAGAAACAAUUCACCCCCCCUCU